CAUCAUGUCCUCUUUUUUUUUAUUCCUCAAAUGUUGUAGUUGUAAACACAGGGUUUUGUAACAGUUUAAAUGAAAACACCUUAUGAUUUUAAGAGGUUCAUUUGAUAGUACAAGCAUCUUUUGGUAAAACGAGUAAAACAUAAUCCGAAUAAAAAACACACCACAACUUUUUAAGCCAUAUAUUUUAAAAGUAAAAGACAAGAAAUGAAAUAAAAAAGCAGACCCUAUACGCCCUACUCACUACUCUUCUACUUCUACCACUACUACUGACUUAAAAUAACUGGCGACUAAAAGACUAAUGAAAUGCUACUCAAAGACAUAAUGUAAGAAAGUUAAGAAUUAACUCUGUGUUUAAUUCAGUCUUAUAAUUAUAAGCGUCUUUAGUUCAAGUCGUCUGUUAGUAGACUAAGUAUAGUCUAGUCCAAAUUAACUAUACUAUAAUAAUAAUUAUGGGUCCAAAAGUAAGUACUAGACUAAGACUAUUCUGAUAUUCUUAUUCUAAUAGUAUUGCCUUGAUCUAAUUAAAAAAGUGGCAUAAGUUAUAAGGAAGGAUGGUGCUGUUGGGGCGAUCCACCCCUGGGUGCAUUUUAAUUUUAAUCUUUAUAUAGAGUUAAUAGAAAAGGGGCAGCAUUUGCGGCCAACUGCAGAGAUUUUUUUCAUUGAAGGGGGCAGCUAAAAUGUUAGCGUGCACCCUAGAUACACAACUGUUGGUAGCAUAGUCAGUAUUGCCUGCCUAUAACUAUAAUAUUGCCUGUUAAAGUGUGCUAUAUAUAUAAUAAUAUAGUAGCAAUAGGCCUAUAGUCUAUAGCCAAAUAGGUUCCCAAACUUUUUCUAGUUACAGCACACUUGUUGUAUCCAGUUUUCCCAAAAAGGCACCGUCCUAUGUCAAAUUCUAAAAAAGUUCACUGCAAAAAAGCAAAUAUUUUAAUUUUAAGUUUUUAUAGUAAUUAAAAAAUCUAUCCAUUUUUUUUAAAACUUAGAACAAAAAGAAAUAAAUCAAUAACUUUUCUUGAUUCGACUUGAUCAUAAAAUUUGGUUGAUACAAUCUAUUAUUCAAAACUGAACGUGUGAAACUGACAACUAUUUUAUAUUUAAACAAAGAUAAGUAAGUCUGAGAAACUACUAAAACAUUAGAUAACCCUAACUUAAUCAUUAUUGUAGAUCUCCAUCUAGUACCUAUCUGUAAAGGCUUCUGCACACAUUUAUUGCUAAGUGGUGAGUCAGUUGUUUGCUCAAAAUCUGAUAGAUGUCAUAUGUAAUAUUAAAUUAUGAAAUUUUAUGAACACUUUGUGGUGCCCCUGCCAGGUAGCCCCUGCUCCCCAGUUUACCAGUGCACAGUUUGGAAACUUCUGACUUGUGGCAUAUACUAUUGCCAGUAUUGCUUUUAUUGUCAAUAUUCAUAACUUGUACUAUUUAUACAAAUUGUUAUUUUAUGACUAUUGUAUUAGUAGGAACAUGCUUGGCUGCUACUGAGCCUACUGCUAGCCUAAAUUGCCUAAAACUAAUACACUAACUUAGAACUAAGCUAAACCAGACCUAUAACCAAUCCAGGGGUGUAGCGUUUUUUUUUUUACAUCUGUGGUGGUCCUUGAUUUUGCUGCCCCUAUUCACAAAAACAACAAAACAUGCAGAUGACACAUAAACCACAUUUUAUAUAAUAAUUGAAUGAAUUGUAAAUUCACCUCACCACCCACUUUUUUCUUCUCUUUAGUCUGAAAAAAUGGGUCAGCUGGGAUGAGCCAGCCCCCCUGUCUUUCUCUUCCUACACCAGUGACCAGGCACUAAAAAUUCCAUCACACGGAAAAUGAUUCAUUGAUUGAUCCAUUGAAUUGCUAACCCAAUAUUAAAUGAAUUUCAAGGUUAUAGUCGUGGAAGAUAUAAGUGGCAUGGAAUGGAUUUUUAAAGCAUAUUUAGUAUUUUAAAUAAACCUAACCUACCUGGCUGGGAUUAUAAAGAGUAGUACUAGCAGUAGACUAGUCACUAUUAUUAUAAGAGAUCUAUAUAUUGUAUGAAUUGUAUGAUACCCUCAUUAAAAUGCCCAUAAAAUGUAUAAGGUAACUGAUAAGAAAAAAGCUUUUCUGCUAAUAAAACUAUAAAUAAUGUUUUUUGAUACUUAUAUCAAACCAAUGCAAUCUUAAUAUUAGGGAGUUUUUAUAAAUAUAAAGUUUAUAUGUAAAAAAGAGUCAAUUGAGGUUCUAAAGUGGCCCCAAGGGUAGGCUAUUAUUUAUUUAUUCUUAUUGUCUAGAAUAGCAAAAGAUCUUGAGGAUUGAAUAAUUAAUUAGUUUGGAAUCUCGGGAAAUGGUAAAUUCUUAAAUUUAAAGAAUUCCUUUUACAAUAAAUCUGAAUUUAUUUUUUCAUUUCACUCAAUGUUUCCUUUUUUAAAAAAAUUCAUUAAUAUUUGCUUUUUAUUUUCAUGGAAGUUUGUAGCUGCACAUUAACAGUUCGCACGGUGAUCAUUUAAAAUGGUAUGUCUCAUUUGUUAUUUUGCCCUAUACUGGCGAACAUAUGUCUUUCAUACAGAUGUAUUUCUUCAGCUUAAAAUAUUGCUAGGUUCCCAUUUUUCAUCCUAUGAAAAUCUAUCUUGACUUUAACUCAUACAAGGCAAAUUUAGGAUUUUCUUGCAGCUUGCACAUACUUUAAACGUUCUUACAUAAGUAAAACUCUUCCAAUAAUCUAUACAAUUUUUUGCAUGGCUAUUAAACCUUGAUAUGAGCUUAAAGUUGAUUUUUUCAAAAUUAUUUUUAAAUGGAAAAAAAAAAAAUUAAAUAUUUUUCCUCUAAAAUUGCAGUGAACAAAGAAAUAAAACAAAAAAAAGAAGUGUAACAAUGGACAAGAGAAGACUGGCGAAGAAAAAGGAAUCUGGACUGAAUGAAGGCAUAGCUGGCAGAUAUGUCAAGAGAGACACUCCACCUCUUUUGAGAAGUACUUGAAUUUAUUUAUUUUUAAUAGUAAUAUAUACUUUUUUUUCUACUUAAAAAAAAAUUAUUUAUCAAUUAUUUACUGUGGUACUUAUGGAGAACAAAAACUGUCUUAUUUUCACCUUUUGAUCUGUGAUUUUUCUUUCAAUUUUUUUACUAUUGAUUCUUUUUUAUUUAAUCUGUCUCAGAUUAUCAUACACCAGUGAGGCAGGGAACAUCCUUCCAGAGGAUGGGGCGUAAUACAAGAACCCCUGCCUCAUACAUUCCUCAGUCUCAAAUUGUUUCUGGUCAACCAGCCUCGGCAGCCACACUUGUGUCCAGACCCAAUGUCCAACAAACUGCACAGUUUCAUGAAACCAAUCCAUCAAUGUUUGGUGAAUUAGACAAAUAUUAUGCAGGGAGUCAGCCACAACCUCAGCAACAACAGAUUUUCCAACAACAACAGCAACAACAACCACAAAUCAUGAAAUACCUUCAGCAGCAGUCGGGGGUCACAUCUUCUCAGAUGUUUGAUCCAUCCCAACUUGUUCAACAGCAACAGGCUUCCCAGGGACUCGGUCAGCAUCAGCCACCAUCUGUCCAGCAACAUUAUCCACAGUACACCCAACACCCACCAUCUCAGCAAUAUUAUCAACAAUACACCCAGCAGACUCCAGCAUCUUCUUCCGUGGGUCAACUUACUCAGGGCUUUCAGAACUUGAGGGUGACAUCGUCACCUGUCUCACGCACUGAUGUAACAUCAGCAAUACCCAGGUCUUAUGGUGUUGUUUACUCUCAGCCUGUCAGCGGCGUAGCUUCGGGGGUCUCACGCCAGAUGAUCAACAUCUCCCAAGGUGGGUUUGGGGGUCACAACACAGACUCAUCACAAACCAAAUUGUUUGGUCACAGUCAUCAAGAGGAUCAAGGAAGUGCUCUCAGUGUCAUCAGGGAAGGUAAGCCCUUCACCUCUCUGGUCAUCAGGGAAGGUAAGCCAUUCACCUCUCUGGUCAUCAGGGAAGGUAAGCCCUUCACCUCUCUGGUCAGGGAAGAUAAGCCAUUUACCUUUCUGAUUUUAUUUCUGGAAUGGUAAUUGAUUUGUUUUGAGAUCAACCUGGCUAAGAUGGCACAUUUUUUAUUUAGGAUCCAUAAUAUUUUGCAGGAUUAGUUUAAAUUUUUUCUUUUAUUUUGUCAGUAUAAAUCUUCACGGUGUUUCCAUUUUUUAAAAAUCAUUUUUUUAAAACUUUUGCAACGUGAAGAGAUCCUGAUCACGUUUUUAUUUUAAAGUUUUAUUUUAUUUUGAUUUUUUUAUUUCUACCUUAUUUUACCAAAAGAUUACUUAUUUUUAUUAUUAGAAAGUUUUAGUUUUCUAGAUCUCUGUUAGAGCUGAUUAUUUCUGUUUUAUACAAAUGUUUUUUUGUUUUUUUACAAAAUCUUAAAACUUCUUCAAAGAUUGCAAAUAUUUGUUUAAUGGAAUAAAAUUCAUUAAAAAAAAGGUAAUUUUGGUAAAUAACCUUAACAAGAACUUAUUUACAUGUUUGAAAUUUGACAUCAUUAUUUGAUGAUUUGCAAUCAGACGAAAACCUGGAGGGCCAGCCCUACUAUAAGUACACGGGUGCCACCAGUGGCGGCAGCACCAACAGCACCAACAGUGACUACUACAACCUGCACCAGAUGGAUGACAACUAUCAGAUAGCUCAGUACCACCAGGAAAUCCGAAGCCACUACGCCCAGCAGAACCCUGGGGGAAACCUUCUAGGGAAGGGCAUGUUUGGCAUGGCUGCUAGUGACCUCAAUACUCCCUCAGCUUCAUCGGUCAACUCAUCAGGUCAGAAACUCAUCAUAUCCUCUCAGCAGCAAGUAUUUGAUCAUCAGAAAAUAAUCCUUUUGUAACCCACUAUAAAAUCAACUCAGCAUUUACUAUUUAAUUGACAAUUAUUUGUUUAUUACUUUGAUUUUUUUUAAAGAAUUUCUUUCUCUCCCCCCCCCCCGUCCAAUUUAUUAUGACCGCCUUAAAGCAACAAAAAUUACCAAUCUGAUGAUCCUGCAUCCAUGUACAAACUGAAUCAAAUAAUAAGAGAUAAGCAUGGAUGUUUUUAUUGAAUAGUGAUAAAGGUAAGGAGUGUUAAUUUUUUUUUAACCUAAUUAUGAUUUAUUUAAAAAUUAAACUGGCCGUCGUAUUUUUUGUCUUUCAAAUUCUGAACAGGAGUCGGGAGCUACAUAUCACAAGAGGAGUUGCCACUCCCCCCAGGAUGGUCUGUAGAUUGGACAGUGCGUGGACGCAAGUAUUACAUCGACCACAACACUCAAGCCACGCACUGGAGCCAUCCGCUAGAGAAGGAGUCGUUACCCACUGACUGGGAGAGGAUAGAAUCAAAAGAAAGGGGAGUUUACUACUACAAGUAAGUUGCAAAGUCAUCAAUUUGUUCAAGCUUAUUUAAACCCUUUCAAAAAAAAUAUUAUUCAUCAAAAGGAAGCCACUUAAAUUAAAAAUGAUCUCGCCAUUUACAUCUACUUAGCAUUUCCAGCUAAUGACUUUUUCUCUUGAGCACUCAUUACUUUUUCUAGCCAGUUCCAUCAACGCAACAUGCCCUUUUUCUGUUGUUUUUACAUGAACAGCCAUAUAACUCGUACCGCCCAGUACCAUCAUCCGUGCAGUCCUGCCCAAGGGAUGCUUCUUAGUUACGGUGUAGGCAUCAUACCCGACCGUAUCCCCCCACACCUAGAGUUCAGACAGAAUAAACAGUUGGUACCAGCCAAUCCAUAUUUAAAUACAGGUGAAUUUUAGUUACAUUUUGUUGUAAAAUAGCAGAAUCAGAGAACAAGAUUUGACUACAUAGAAAAUGAAAUCAAUCUCAAGAUAUUGUUUAAUUUAUUAGCUUAAUGACCUUUGGUAAAGCAAUAAUCUCUACACAUUAAAGUACAGUCUUAAAUAAGGUUAUUGUUUCUUGCAGUUGUCCUUGUGGGUUUAAAGAAUAUUUUGCACAUAUCUUUUAAAUUCAUUUUAAGGCAAGUUUGAAAGAAUUUUUUUUUACAGUGAAAUACUUUUUCCCCCACAGAAAUCCCAGAGUGGCUGAUAGUUUUUUCAAAAGCCCCACACGAACAUGAUCAUAAGCUAAAGGUAUUUCUUUUUUUUUUUAAAGGUUUUUUUUUAUUAUCUUGUUAUUAUCUUCACUUAGAAAGUUCGAUAAGCCUCUCAUGAUUUCCAUGAUUCACUCUUGACUUCCAUAACCCACUCUUAGCUCUGGUCAUUUAGUUGUACGGAUUUUCACAUUUUGAGGCUUAUCUUUAGACUGAUCAACUAAUUUAUUGUGGAAACUGUGCUCUUUAGUUCAAAAAAAUUAACAAAUAAAUAUAUAUUAAUUUUUUCUUUUAUGGCUUAGAAGUAACAUUUUUAAACAUUUUUAUUUUUUAGUGGGAAUUAUUUACUUUGAAGCAGCUGGAAAACUUUGCGGCCUUGUUGAUACGACUUUACAAACAAGAUUUAGAACACAUUGUGAUGAGCUAUGAGCGCUACAGAAAUGCACUGAACAGGGAGCUGGAUAGACGGAAGAAAGAACGUCAGGGUCAGCAGCCGCUUGCCAUUGCAAAUCUUCCUUAUCAGCAUCCUCUAGUCCAGCAGCAAAUCAUGCAAAUUCAGCAACAGCCGCAACAGCUUCAGUACUUGCAACAACAGCCUCAGUACCAGUCACAGCAACAGCAGGGUCAAUCAACUCAGUCACAAAACCAACAGGGGCAGCAACACUUGUUGUUGACACAGAACAUAGAGACAAAAGUGUGAUUACCUCCCUGUUUUACCUUUAAUUUAACUUUCAUAUACUACUAGACUUACAGUGAAGCCCCACUGUAAGGUGAAUUCAGUUAUGAUGCGGUUGUGGCAUGGCUCCUUUAUUAAUGUUUUAUUCAUUAGCACAUGAUUUAAAACCCAACUAUAACAUGACCCCACUAUUGAGGUAAUCUGAUUUAUGGAUCCCAAUCAUCACAUUAUAAUGGAAUUUCACUGUACGUUAGUGACUAACACUUUUUAAAAAAUGUUUACGAAAGGUCACAAUUAUUCUCUCAUCGUUAUUAUUUUUAAGAUAUUAUUAAUUAUUGUUUUUGUUAGAAGUACUGAUCUGCCAUUAUAAUGUUGGUUUGAUCACUGAAUUUACCCUAAUUGCAUCCAGUUAUUAAUUUGAGGAAAAUAUGCCAAAUAUAUUUCAGUUGUGAUGUGGUAAUUUAAUGUUGUUUAAGACUGACUCAUUUUUAGUGCUUUCAGGUGCAUUUUUAUUCCUUGCAUUUAUUUGUUGUAAUACUAACAAUGUUUAGCCAUCAAGUUGACAGUCAAGUACUAGAAUUAAAUGGCCCAACAUUAUGGGUCAGUAAAGUAGUAGAAUUAAAUGGCCCAACAUUAUGGGUCAGUAAAGUAGUAGAAUUAAAUGGCCCAACAUUA